AUGGAAUCAUCGGUCAAUCACCUUUGUCCAGAACGCCAUGAAGAUGGAAUCUCUAAGAGCGCAGAAAUGUGGUGCCCAGAAUGUGAAGUCUUCUUUUGUGGAAACUGUGAAAAACGUCAUAGAGAGUCAAGACUGUUUAAAAACCAUAAUACCAUGCCAGUUCAAGUUUAUGAAAAGUUACCUUCAUUCAUGCAAGAUGAUAGUAGCCUUUGCAAAGACCACAAGAAGACGUUUGAACUGUACUGUUCUUUCCAUGCUUGUCCAUGCUGUGUAGAGUGCAUCACAGCUAAACACCAAAAAUGUCAAGACAUGAAACCCCUGUCAGACAUUCUAAAAAACGUCAAGGCCUCUGCUUCAGUUCAUCUUUUGGAAAAAGAUUUGAAUGAUGUUGGGGACAAUUUUAACAACGUCAUGAAAUACUUGAAAACCAGGAUCAGUAUAAACGGUGAUCAAAAAUCAAAAGCCGUGCAGGAAAUCCGCUGCUUGAGAAAGUCGAUAGACAAUUAUUUAAACCAAUUAGAGAAUAAAAUAAUCGAUGACUUGGAGUCUAAAUAUUCAACGUUGAUAUCAAACAACAUAUCUCUGGUACAGCAAAUAAAACAGCAAUCCAGUCAGAUACAAAAACUGCAGAGCGAUUUCAAGAAAAUGACGAUAUAUGCAACAGACCUACAAAUGUAUGUUGGUCUUAUACAGAUUGAAAAAAGUACAGUGCAAGCAUCAAAGUACCUUACAGAUUUAGAAAGUGGCGAAUACUUUAAGGAAAAGAAUUUAGAGGUUAAAAUUUCAUCUCCUUUAAAAUUAGUUCUACAAACUUUCAAAUCUUUUGGAGAUAUCCGUAUUCAUACUAGCCCUUCUACUCUUCCAGUUAGUUCCGGACGAAAAAACCAAGCACAGCAUUUGGUUCCAAUUCCUCAUAUGUUUGAACAAAUGAAGCCAGUCUUGUUAAGACGACUGUCAAAGCCAGACAAUAUAGAUUCAUUAGAUAUAAGGGCAUGUAUUGUAUUACUUGAUGGUAAAUUUAUUAUCCUUGAUCGUAAUAAAAAGCAGCUACUGCUCUACGGUAAUGAUGGCAUCUUUGCAAAACAAGUAUUAACUAUGACAUUAAUUCCAUUUGAUGCUUGUCUUGUAAAGAAAAAUAUAGUGGCUGUAACAUUCGGCCGUACAAAGCAGACAUCACUGAUAGAUAUAGAACAGAGUACAAUUAUUCAAAUAAUUAAAAUUGCUCAUCAUUGUAAUGCAGUAGCAAGCGAUGGUCAAAUAUUGGUCAUCAGCGGCAGUGAGAAAACAACGAAGGUGAAUCUGAAUGAUAUGUCUUAUACAAUCGUAGAAAGAGUCAAAGCUAGUCGCAUUGCAUUAUUCCAGGGCAAUAUCUAUAGCACGAUUAACUAUUGCAAUGCAAACGAAGUCUUCUGCUACAAAAGUACCGGCGAACUAAUCUGGCGAUUUCAACACGAUGGCAUUUACUCUAAUGCAGGACUUGCCCUAGACAAAAAAGGCUUUGUUUAUAUAGUUUCGCAAGAAAACAACGAUAUUAUGGUGGUAUCACCAGAUGGCAAAACCAGCAAAACAAUACUAUCAGAGAAGGACGGAAUCAAAUAUCCAUGGGCAAUAGACAUCAACAGAGAAGAAGGGUUAAUGAUUGUAUCUAGUGGGAUAAGUGAUAAUGAACUAGACCAAACGGCAUUUGUGUAUAAAAUCUAA